AUGAACUUUUUCUUUAUCAGCUUUCUUGUGGGAAGCUCACUAUCAAUUACUUGUUAUUAUGACUCAAACGAUGGACAAUCGCAUGGAAAUCAGGAGAGACUUAUCAGCUGUGGAAAUUGCAAUUUUUGCGCCAAAGCCUAUGGGACGUUGAAGGGAGCGGAUAAGAAAGGAUCGUUGUGGGGAUGUGGUUGUGGGGGAAAUGUUUAUGAUAUAGCAACUCCUUUUGGGUAUACAUGCACGAAAAGUGGUAAAACUUCGGCAACAGACGCAUUUGGAGACAAAGGUACCAUUUAUUGUUGUGAUAACGAUCAAUGCAACUCGGCGAAGCAAAUUUUCUCGUUUAUAAUCCCAGCACUUGUUAUUGUUUUAUCCAUUUUUGUGAAUCGUUUAAGAUCAAAAGAAAUUUUGAUGAUUGAAUGC